CUCAGUCGGACAUGACACUGAAAUCCGAUACAGUUCCUGAUGAAUAAGCCAGGUUGUGGCUAAGACCUUGUUACCAGUUUGUUUUUAGUCUAACCUCCACAGGUGGAUUUCAUGUCGUCAUAAAGUUUAGCACGAGGUGGUCUGUGACACUGAAUGUAAAGCUCACGCGCCUUUCCGCGCGCCGUCCUGUCCGGUAUUCAGCGCACUGCGUCAUGGCGACAGCGGCGAGAAAGUUACGCAUUUCCUAACCGGAGUUUAUGGACUCUCCCUCAGGCAACCAACACUCAUAUGUUAUGGUGGAUUACAGUGUUUCACGUGUACCAGAAGCCCUGCUCCCGAAGAGAGGGGGCCCUUUUAAAAUGGAGGAGCUGGCUCUGAUGGCCUUGCUGGAGUGUCCUCUGUGUUUCCAGCAGCUAGAUGUGUCAGCCAAGGUCCUGCCCUGCCAGCACACCUUCUGUAUGUCCUGCCUGCAGAGGCAGGAGUCAGCCCAGUCCCAGCUGCUCUGCCCAGAGUGUCGCGCUCCUGUCCCGGCCAGGACGGUGGAGGAGCUUCCUGCGAACCUCCUGCUAGUGCGGCUCCUGGAGGGGCUCCAGGGCUCACCGGGCCCACCGGGCCCCAGCAGUGACAGGCAGACAGCCCGCUCUGCAGUGCCCUUGGCCAGGGGCAGCUUGACAGUCAGGGAGGGGCAGCAGCAGCAGCAGCAGGAGAGUCACCCCAGAGAGAAGCAAGGGCACAAUGAGUUUUCUCUCAGAGCUCCGGUGCGUCACCAACGAGGUGAUACUUCAGGGGAGCUGGUGCCCACGCCUGGUAACGGUAUCACACCAAAACACAAAGUGGAUGAGGACUGGCACCACGGAAACACCGCUGACAGUAGCGGUGCGCCUUCAACAGCCAGCACACUGCAGGCCGCCAGCCAGAUGCCUCAGCUGCAGCCCCUCCAGCAGUCCCAACCUCCACCUCUCUGCAGGGCGCUGUUCGACUUUAAUCCCAAAGAGAUGAAUCUGGAAGACAAUAAAUAUUGUCUCAGCUUCCUCAAGGGAGACAUCCUUACUAUCAUCAAACGGGUGGAUGAACACUGGAUUGAAGCCAAGCUAGGGGAGAAAGUUGGAGUUUGCCCUCUGCAGUUUAUAGAGCCAAACUCAGUGGCUGCCAAACUGCUAGAGGGAAAGAAUCGGAAGGGGAGUGACUCAGCAGAAUUUCACCAUCGGAGUGGGGGCAAAGACAAGGCCACUGACGUAUCCAAUAGGACCACCCAUUACGGAGUCCCUCAAGUCCCAGCAAAGACACCCAUCUUCAAUGCUUUGCACCUCUCCAACCAGCAGAAACAGCCCGCAGCCAGUAGCAUCAACUUUCAUCAGACUACCAAAGGAGAGACGACCAACAUCAGCACCUUCAACAGCUUCAACCAUCAAGGUCUGUCUCACUGCCUCUCAGUGCCUCCUACUGUCCGGGGCCUCUCUCACUCCUCCAGAGUGAACUCUCAGCGAAUUAGACGCCACUCUGACACUACACACAGACACCUGUUACAGAGUGAGAAGAAGAUGAGCAGUGAGACUCCACCCACCAUAUCUAUGGCCCUGGUGAACCCCCAAAUGUCCUCUGCCUCUGCAGAUGGCAAAAACUCCUCCACGCAGCAGCUCUCCAUCAGUGUGUGUGCCGUCCUGUACUCCUAUAAACCACGACGGACAGAGGAGCUGGAGCUGAGGAAAGGAGAGAUGGUGGGAGUGUACGGAAAGUUCAAAGAAGGCUGGCUGCGUGGGUUAUCGCUCAGAACGGGCAAAGUGGGCAUUCUGCCCAGCAACUACAUCUCGCCUGUGCUCAGAACCUCGGCCAGGCUCCUGGAGACCAAAGCAGCUAAUGCGUCCUCGCAGUACAACACAGUAACAGGAAAGAAACCCACAGCUGCCAAGAAUCCUGCUGUGGUCCUUGCUCUUGAUAGGGUAAACUCUGAUGGAACGAUAUACUCAACAGGACAGGUCCCAUCUGUGCCAAAUGGAGCACAGCAUGCAAUGUCAUCCACUGGCACUGGAAAACCGUCCCUCUAUGGGAGUGCACAAGGUUGGGACACUGUGAGACGCAUCUUUAACCCUCAUAAAGGCUCAAACCAUUUCUCCCAUACGUCCAAUAUGAACGUCCCGUCCAACUCACAGCAUUUUGCACAAGUUCAGGCAUCCGGCUACUCACCUGCCCUGCAGAGGAAGAAGAACUUCAGCAUCCUGUCCAACUCUGGCAGACCACUAGGCUGGAUGACUGAGCCACCAGCGCCCUCUGCUGCUGCAAUAUUUAAGGACAGGGACUUCACUGCCUCACAUGAGGCAACAUUUCAGCAUGACAGACAUCCUUCCAAUGGGCCUCACUCAAUUCUAGUCAGACCUGACUCACACAAGAACAGUACAGACAAGCCGGCAAAAUCAGUACGGUUCCUUACAGAUGAAGACUCCCCUCCUCCAAGACCUCGGACCUCUUCCUGGUCUUCAGGAAAUCAGGUUCCGUCCAACUGCCGCCCUGGCCCCCUUCCGUUGGAAGUGUGGGCCCCAUCGCUCACCCUGGGAAGAGACGGACCAGGGAUCAUUCUCAAAGAAGGAAAAGUUCCUAUUCUCAGGAAAGGCCUUGAAACAGCCAUCUCAGAUCUAAACUCUAACCCGCAGAAACCGAUACCAUCACAGCCGUCUCUCUCAGCCGUCUCGGCUCAGUUCAGCCCCAGCAGACACAGAGUGACCACAACACAUUUGGCCCAGACGGACUCAGAGUUCAGCCUGCUUCAAGGAGAGCUUGUCCUCGUCCACAGACCUCGACCUGAUGGACGAGUUCUGGUUACUCAGGAGAGUAGUGGGCAGACAGGUUUAUUCCACUGCAGUGUUCUUCAAGCCCUUGAGAGGCUCAGCUGACUGUGUAAUACUAUUGUAGUACUGUAUAUUUCUAUAUUCCAUGUGUUCAAAUUGCCAAAUGAUUUGACUGACCUGCUGAACAAGAUGCGUGCCAAGGUCCAAAGGUUAAUACUGCCAAAUGACAAUCCUAUGAAGGGGGUGUUUAUUUUCAUCCUGAGUGCAUAUGAGAGAGUGGUUACUUUUUCCAGAGAUAUAUUAUGUGUCCUUCAACGUAUGUGCAUGUUUGUUACACAUGUACUAUUAUAAGAUUUUGCACAAAAACCUGUCUAAUGACUGUUCCUUGUUUAAUACCCAUGUUACACGCAUUGGUUAGUGCCUUUGUCAAAACCCACAAAGAAAACAAACUAUAUUUAAAUAUAUUUAGAGAAAUUAUGAGGUAAAAUAUCUGUACUGCUUUGUGUGGUAAUAAACUAUACUUCUAGAACA